GUCACAGAGUUCAACCUCACGUUCUCUUGCUCCCUCAAGAAGAACUCGCCUGCUCCUCCCUCUUCCUGUUCCUUCAGCAACUUCUACUUCUACCUUUUCUUUCAUCUACUUGCUUCGCAUCAUCAAAAUGGCGACUCCGGUCGACUUGAAGGACUUCGAAAAGUUCUGGGGUUUCUCCCUUUCCCCCAGACCCUCCUCACAGAGUCAUCAGCUGAGCAACUGCGAAGAUUCGUCCCUCGAUAGGACUCGCUCCCGUCCGCCGGUUCUCAUCGAUACCGAAUGCGUCUGGCUCGCCGCUGAGCAGGACCAUCGAUUGAUGACAGUGAUAACGGAAUUGAAUCAGCUCGAUGGGAGGUCGUCACUUUCAAAGCAGCCGGCCUCUCCAAGCAGAUCCUCUCCAUCCCACGCCCGCCGACAUGGCGUUCACAUCAAUUCUCAUACGCCCAGGCCUUCUGCCAUCAAGCGAAGAGAUGUCGGCGUCCGCAAGACGAGGGCGUUCAAGCCCGAAAGGGUUUGCACAAACCCGCUGCCUUCUAAGCAGAUUGAGCACCGAAUGUCUCCUCGUGCUCGAGCACUGAGUGGACCCGCGGGAUCAAAUUCCAAAGAUUUGCUGGAGCUUCAUCGCAUUUGCAGACAAGCAAGCUUAGAGGGGGCGAUCAAGUUUUGCAUGUAAAAAUCUUAUAUAGAGGUCAUGAAUUAAUAAAGUUCUGUAUC